AUGGGGCCCCAGGAUCCAGAGCCAGCCUCGCAGCCCCCCAAGAGAAGAAAGAAGAGAUACCUGCGGCAUGACAAGCCCCCCUACACCUAUUUGGCGAUGAUCGCCUUGGUAAUUCAGGCUGCACCCUCCCGCAGGCUGAAGCUGGCCCAGAUCAUCCGUCAGGUCCAGGCCGUGUUCCCUUUCUUCAGGGAUGACUACGAGGGUUGGAAGGACUCCAUCCGUCAUAACCUUUCCUCCAACCCGUGCUUCCGAAAGGUGCCCAAGGACCCUGCGAAACCUCAGGCCAAGGGCAACUUCUGGGCCGUGGAUGUGAGCCUCAUCCCGGCAGAAGCGCUACGCCUGCAGAACACAGCCCUGUGCCGGCGCUGGCAGAACCCGGAGGCCCGCAGAGCAUUCGCCAAGGACCUGAGCCCUUACGUGCUGCAUGGCCAGACCUACCGGCCGCCCACACCCCAUACGCCACCCAGCGAAGGCUUCAGCAUCAAGUCCCUGUUAAGGGACCCCGGGGAGAGAGCACCCUGGCCCCAACAGUCCAGCCAGGCUGGACAGAGCAACCCAACUCAGGCAGACACAGGCUGCAGUGGGGAGGAGGUGGUGCCUACUCCACACUUACCCUCCUCUGAAAGGCUUCUGUGGCCUCUCUGCCCUCUCCCAGUGCCCACAGGAAUGGAGAGGGAGACUUCCCAGGGGACAAUCAUUGGGCCCUCAGGCUUAUCCCCAGAGCCCAGAACCUGGCCCUUGCACUACCUGCAAAGUACCUCCAACGCCGGGGUACUGUCCAGUGGGGGAUGCAGGGCCUCCCUGUGGGGACAGUUGCCCACCUCCUACUUGCCCAUCUACACACCCAAUGUGGUAAUGCCUUUAGCCCCACUACCAUCCACUUCCUGUCCCCGGUGUCCACCUUCAACCAGCCCAGCCUACUGGGGGGUGGCCUCUGAAUCCCAAGGGUCCCCAAGGCUGCUCUGGGAUCUAGACACUCUCUUCCAGGGAGUACCACCCAACAAGAGCAUCUAUGAUGUGUGGGUCAGCCACCCUCGUGACAUGGCUGCCCCUGCUCCAGGCUGGCUGCUUUCCUGGUACAGCCUCUGA